AUCAUUUUUUCCUCUUCCCAGUAACGAACGCCUCCCCAAGAUCUGCAAUUCUUAGCUUUUAACACCUCCACUCAAAGGUUCCACUUCUCCUACCUCCACUUCCAUUCUUUUUUAACAAAGCCUACAUCACUCAAUCCUAAUCCUGCAGAUCUGCAUAGUAUUACCGCUUAUUUUGAUCGAAUUUCAUUUUCUUUUCCAAUUUUGGUUCCGCAGAUCCAAAUCCAAUCAUGGAUUUCAUGAAGGUUUUCGACCAGACUGUCCGCGAAAUAAAGAGAGAGGUUAAUCUCAAGGUCCUGAAGGUUCCCGAGAUUGAACAGAAGGUGUUGGAUGCAACUGAUGAUGCGCCUUGGGGUCCUCAUGGCACUGCGUUAGCAGAAAUUGCACAGGCCACUAAGAAAUUCACCGAAUGUCGGAUGGUUAUGAAUGUUCUAUGGACAAGAUUAGGUGAAACAGGCAAGGAGUGGCGUCUUGUCUACAAGGCAUUAUCUGUUAUAGAGUAUUUGGUGGCACAUGGUUCUGAACGUGCUGUUGAUGACAUAAUAGAACAUACAUUCCAGAUAUCAUCACUUACAAGUUUUGAGUACACUGAGCCAAGUGGAAAGGAUGCGGGACUUAAUGUGAGGAAAAAGGCAGAAAAUAUUGUGGCUCUUUUGAAUGAUAAGGAAAAAAUACAAGAAACCAGAAAUAAAGCUGCUGCAAACCGUGAGAAGUACGUUGGUCUUUCAUCUACAGGAAUUACUUAUAAGUCAGGUUCAGCCUCAUUCGGUGGUAGUAGCUUCCAGAGUAGCAGUCGAUAUGGAGGCUUUAGUGGUACAAGAGACAGUGAUGGUUUUAGGGACAGUUACAGAGACAGGGAUCGUUAUGGAGAAGAAAAGACUGAAAAGGAUACCUAUCGAAAGUCACGUCAAGGGGAUGUCAACGACGAUCAAGGGAACACAUGGAAGAAGGGUUCUCCACGCACGGGCAGCAGGGAUCAGAAUAAUGCGUCAGCCAAUGCAUCAAAGUCAUCAUCUAAGUUAAAUGAUCCUCACAAGAACAAUUCUGUUCCUUCCCAACACACAAGCGCCCCUUCAAGUAACUAUGAAGGUGAUUUGGAUGAUGAUUUUGAUCCCAGGGGUUCUUCCAGCUCAAAACCAGCUGCUGCAACUUCUAACCAAGUUGAUCUAUUUGGAGAAAGCUUGAUUGGUGACCUCAUGGAUGCACCAUCUGUUCCUGCAGAAACAUUGGCCACAAAUGGCAAUUCGUCAGAGGUUGAUCUGUUUGCUGAUGCAACUUUUGUAUCAGCACCACCCCAAGUAGAAAAAGGAGCAAGUUCUCAGUCCCAGACUCAGGUUGAUCUUUUUGCUUCCGAAUCUGUCACUUCUGCUCCAGUUGAUUUCUUUUCCAGUGCUGAUCCAGUUAUGCAACCAGAAACCAAGACUGAAAAAUCUGAUUCAACAAAGAAUAACAUUGUUGAUCCAUUUGCGGCAGUUCCAUUGAACAGUUUUGAUGGAUCUGAUCUUUUUGGUGCAUUUUCUUCUAGUUCCAAUUCAGCUUCUACAGAACCUGCAAAAGAUCCUAUAAAUGAUGGCAGCCUUAAUGAUUUGAAUAUGAAUGCUUCAGAUGCCAAGCCUACACAAAAGAAGGAGACUUUCCAGGUCAAGUCUGGAAUAUGGGCAGAUUCAUUAAGCCGUGGACUGAUAGAUCUUAAUAUUUCUGCUCCUAAGAAGGUAUCGCUAGUGGAUGUUGGUGUCGUGGGUGAUCUGGGUGAUGGACAAAAUGAAAAGGACAAGGGACCACCUCCAACUUCUUUUUAUAUGGGAAGAGCCAUGGGCACAGGGUCUGGUCUGGGUAGAUCUGGAUUUGCAUCUUCAGAGUCACAGGCAUUGGAUGCAGACUUCUUCUCAAGCCUCGGCAGCCAACAAUACCAAUUUGGUAGUUUUAAGAAGUAAAUUAUUUUACACAUUGACGUUUUGUCCCUUGUUAUCUUUUCAAUAUUCUUUUGCCCAUUUGGCGAAGAAAAUUUGAGAUAUUGAUCAUAUUUGCGUGCCAUCUUGUGUUCAUACAUGAAAAACAACAAUGAUGUGUGGUACUUUUUACAAGAGUGUUUAUGUUCAAUCGAUUGCAAAAAUAGCAUCCUUGUAAAGUCAGGUGGCUUGGAGACGUUUGUAAAGCAGAUCUGUGAUUUUUUCAUUUCCUAUGUUGAAUAGAGAGACAAAAACCCAUGGUAAUCGAUGUACCUUUGUUCAUCUA